CGACGGCUCACCAGUAAAUUAAACCAGACCACACCGGUGAUUUUGAGUACCGUACACAACGGAGUGUCAGUGGGGCCAACUCUGCUCCCUCCUGCCCUGCUUGUCUCCGUUCCUCUGUCCAUUCUGCCCAUCCUCCUCCCCUGCUAGGGGAGCCCAAGAGGCGUGGGAGCCAUGGUGGACGUCAGUAAGUGGCCGCUGUUCACCUUGCUGAGCCCUCAGAAAGUCGCCACCAUCAGACAGGCCUGUGUCUUUGGGACAUCUGCGAAUGAAGCCAUCUACAUCACUCAUGACGAUGAGGUGUUUGUGUUUGGGUUGAACUGCAGUAACUGCCUGGGUACAGGUGACAGCCUGAGCACCAUCGUACCAAAGAAACUGGACUUUGUGCGAGGAAAGAAGGUGGUCAGCAUCAGCUAUGGGAGCGGACCCCACGUCCUGUUGGCUACUGAGGGCGGAGACCUUUUCGCUUGGGGACACAAUGGCUACAGCCAGCUGGGGAACGGAACCACCAACCAGGGAGUGUCGCCGGUGUUGGUGACCACCAACCUGCAGAAUAAGAAAGUGAAGGAGGUGGCCUGUGGCUCGCACCACUCCAUGGCCCUCACCCAGGAAGGAGAGGUGUUUGCAUGGGGUUACAAUAACUGUGGACAGGUGGGCUCCGGCUCCACGGCCAACCAGCCCAGCCCCCGGCGAGUCUCCAGCUGCCUGCAAGGGAAGAACGUGGUGGGCAUCACAUGCGGACAGACGUCCUCUAUGGCCGUGGUGGACAAUGGAGAGGUGUACGGCUGGGGCUACAAUGGUAACGGCCAGCUAGGGGUCGGUAACAAUGGAAACCAGCUGACCCCCUGCCGCCUCGCCGCGCUUCAAGGACUGUGUAUUCAACAGAUCGCCUCGGGCUAUGCUCACUGCCUGGCGCUAACAGACGAGGGGUUACUCUACGCCUGGGGAGCCAACACCUACGGCCAGCUGGGAACUGGCAACAAGAGCAACCAGCUGAGCCCCGUUCACAUCAUGGCCGAGAAGGAGAGGAUUGUCGAGAUUGCAGCAUGCCACUCCACACACACCUCAGCCGCCAAGACCCAAAGCGGACAGGUGUAUAUGUGGGGCCAGUGUCGGGGCCAGUCCAUAGUCCUCCCCCACCUCACCCACUUCACCACCACCGAUGACGUCUUUGCCUGUUUCGCCACUCCCUCUGUCAUGUGGAGGCUGCUCUCAAUGGAGCAUGAUGACUUCCUGACAGUUGCCCAGGCUCUUAGGAAAGAGUUUGACAGUCCAGAGACAGCCGAUCUCAAGUUCAGCGUCGAUGGCAAAUACAUCCAUGUUCACAAAGCCGUGCUCAAGAUCAGGUGUGAGCACUUCCGGUCCAUGUUCCAGUCCCACUGGACGGAGGACCUGCAGGAGGUGAUUGAGAUCGACCAGUUCUCCUACCCGGUCUACAGAUCCUUCCUACAGUUUCUGUAUACAGACACUGUUGACCUACCACCAGAGGAUGCUAUUGGUCUCUUGGAUCUAGCCACCUCUUACUGUGAGAACCGACUGAAGCGUCUCUGUCAGCAAAUCAUCAAGAGAGGCAUCACCGUCGACAAUGCCUUCGCCUUGCUCUCUGCAGCCGUACGGUACGAUGCAGAGGACUUGGAAGAGUUCUGCUUUCGGUUCUGCGUCAACCAUCUGACCCAGGUCACCCAGACCGCAGCGUUCUGGCAGGUGGAUGGAGCCAUGCUUAAAGAGUUUAUCUGCAGAGCCAGUCGCUGUGGAGCCUUCAAAAACUGAGCGGAGGGCCCUCAGGAGGGCACUGGACUCCGGCAGACUUUCUAGGGGCCUUUUGUAGUACGUAUAAAAAAAAAAAGUUGCAUUUGGAUCAAGACACAGACACUGAGGGGACCAUUAUCAGAGAGUUAAGCCCAGUGGUGAAUGGUGGUAAUGGAUUGAAAAGGUCAUUGAUGUAGCAGUCAUCGCAGAUGGUCUCCUGAUGGCUCUGUGUCCGGACAUCUCACUCCUGUUGAACCAACCCACUAGGAGAAGCCUCUUCCUAAGUUGCUGCUGUGAACAUUUGAAGGACAUGAGUUGCAUUUGAUUUAUCCCCCUAGACACGUUAACAGACACAAACGUGAACACAUCCUGUACGUGAUGGAAUUGAUCAACGAAUUCUCAGUUUGUUUGUUUUUUCCUCCAAGUUUUGGAAAUGUUUUUAUUAAUGUUAUACCCCAGAUUGGAUAGAAUUGGGGUUUUGACUCU